AGACUCGCGUCACCAGUAGAUAGAGAGACGAGAAAGCCCAGAGUUGGCGAACUACCCCUGACGAUACCACGGUCGGUCCCUUGAAUUCACUUACAUCUGAUUGAUGUUGUAAGUCGUGAUUGAUCACUUGAGUUUGAUGUUGGAGGCGUCUUUUACCUUGAUUUGAGUCACAACUCUUUUGACAUCCGAUUAAUUUUCUUCUUCUUUGACAUUUUUGACUCUCGCAGUGCAUUCUCAUGUCUUGCCGCUCGUGCGUGUCCUUCUGAGUUGCUUCCAGACCAGUGCCGGUAAACGCACACGCGACCACGUAACUUGGUUUGCUGCUGGCAAUCAUCGUCGCCAGUUUCACACCUAUCUUCCACGACCCCCGUCAACUAUCUUUACAAGAAGAAGCUGAAGACCUUUUUCCGAACGAGGUGGACGUUGUAGUUGUUCCGUCAGCCUUGGUUCUUUGAGUCACCCUCUAACCUGUUGGUGUGGACGACUACACAUCAUCUUCGUUCUGCUAUUCAAGAAGGAAAAUCAGCUCGAGCUUGCAAUUUUGUGAAAAAAGGACCCGCUCGUCGCAGUUCGUGUAAAAAAAGCGUAUACAACCACCGCCACCACACCUGCUGGCUACCCCUAUAACAAGACAAGAAGUAGUAGUAGAAGUUCUUCCAGAAUAGAAAUUCAGACGAUUCUCGGACACGACCACUUCCGCUUCCACUUCUACGUUGCCCAUCAUCUUCUUCAAGCUCAAGGAAACACCCCGUACCUUGAGAACACACGCACGCGAUGAACUCGAUAUUUGAAUACGCUCAUAAAGUCGGAGAUACUCUCCGAGCCGGCGUUGCUGCUGUAACGCCUGUUCCGACAGAAAGUAAAUUCAUCGAGGAAGGUACUCUUAUAAUUUAAUGCUAAAGUUAGUAGAGCAGCCUUGCUAUUUGCACAAGAAAUUCUUGAACUAGAGGUAGAACUAUAACUGCGGUUGUGAAGCCUUUUUGAUGACGAUUCUAGUUCUUGAGCUUGAGACGACUUCCCUCUGCAAAGAACUCUAGAACUCCUGUCGAGAGCAUUUUGACGACCUCCAGGCACCUUGACACCCGCAGAAUUUUUGCAAGCUGGUGAUCAAUUGGUCUUCAAAUUUCCGUCUUGGCAGUGGGAGACGGGGAAGCAGAGUUGUCGAGCAAACUAUCUUCCAGACGAGAAACAAUAUCUGAUAACAAGUACUUCUACUUCUACUACAAUCAAUUAAGUAGGUGUUGUUUUUCCUCGCGAGUGUUGACGACUUUAACUAAAACCAUACAUUGACCGAUGUUCCAAGUCGUUGGGUGAAGUUCCAAGUGACCUUAAUAAAGACUCGUCACCUCAAAUCUUAGGCUUACACCUCAUCAAAAACAAAAAUCAGGAAAUGUCCGAUGCAAAGAACGAGUUAGGGACCUUGACGCUAGUUUGCAAAGGAUACAAAUGUCCGACGACUGGGCACUGCCACCUGAUAUUGAGUUAUGAUCUUUGAGAAUGAUAGGGGUACGUAGGAGUUUCAACAAUUAUCUUUAUAGAUACUCAUAGCUGAAUAAAGAACCAAAUUAGUCUUCGUGCAGAAGCUGGUAGUCGAUUCUUCGCUGGGGCAGCUGGCGUAAUUCUUCUUAACUGCAGAAGUUGGUAGUCGAUUCUUCGCUGGGGCAGCUGGCGUAAUUCUUCUUAUAACUGCAGAAGUUGGUAGUCGAUUCUUCUUAACUGGGUAAGAUCCCUAUGUCUUCUAAUAUGCGGAGAAAAGAAGGCAGCAGCAGCUGAGAGCAGUGGGGCUGCAAAGAAGGAAACACCAGAUUUCGGCGAUCUCGACAAUAUGCUUGCAGCCGACGAUGACGAAGAUGGAGCGGAUGAUGGGUAUGCUGGGUUCUGCUACUUCUUCAAUCUUCGCAUGAGUCGGAGUCCUCCUUGUAUGUAAAAUAUAGGUUUGCAUUGAUGAAAUGUCCAUCUUCGCAUGAGUCGGAGUCCUCCUUGUAUGCAAAAUAGGUUCCUCCAAUCACAUGUAAACCUACUAUCAUAACUACCUCCACAGUUUCGUCAUGCCUGAUAGUGGAGCUGAAAGUUCGAAGAUGCGAACGUACGACCUAUCAAUCACAUACGACAAGUACUAUCAAACUCCGCGACUCUGGCUCUUCGGAUAUGACGUAUACGGGAGACCAUUGGAGUUAUGACAACAUGAUUUUCCUUUGCACUUGCAGCUGGCACGUUUAGCAUCCACUUUUUUCCUCAGCGACUCUCUCAUUUGAGGAAGUAGAGGCUCAAGAAGCGGCUUUAUCCCCAGUCAGAUAAUGAAGAGCAACAGGAGCAUAUAAACAAACAAUCGCGUCUCAACACUCGUCUCGUUGAUCUUCCUCUAACGUCAGCGCGGGAGAUAUUCCAAGACGUUCUUUCCGAGUAUCACAGCAAAACCGUGACAGUGGACCCACACCCUUUAACCGCAGUGCCGACGUGCAGUAUACAUCCUUGCAAGCAUGCAGCUGUGAUUUAUGGGAUGACUGUAUUCGCUUUCGCGAAGUAGUCUAGGUUCGUUAUCUCCUCCUGCAAGUUGUGUUGUAGCUUGGAGUUUGACUUCUCACACGGCAAGGAAGUUGUAGUACUACUUGCAGAUUAUACAACAAUGAUCAGAUUAAUUAUGACUGGCUUAACGCGUUAUUUUAGCAACGCGUUAUAGAUGCACGCUGGUUGGAUUCUAGUGCUGCUCUAUUAAAAUACAAAUUCUUUUUUAUCACGUGUUGCGAAAAUAACGCGUUAAGGCUGCCAUAUUAAUCGCAAGGCCAAGGCAUUAUAGAUACAUACCCAUUUAUUUCUCAUACUGCGAAGAAAGUUAUCCGCGACCCCAAUGAUCAGAAGAUUAUUGUUCUACCCAUUUUUCAUACUGCGAAGAAAGUUAUCCGCGAUUGGAUGGAGCAGGGGUUGCAGCCGCGACACGACUUGGCGCUUUUCGUGUUUUUAAAGUUUAUCUCCUCAGUCGUCCCAACGAUUGAUUACGACUUCACCAUGGAUAUCGAGUUGUGAUGGAGUUUCUUGGGGACGUUGGACUCGGCUUGUUGUAGUGCAAUCUCUGUCGUGGAGGAUCUACUACUACAUGACGUUGACGGCAGGGACGGGAGCUGGGUGUGUAGACGGGAAAAAUCUAAAACCACGCUGGCUAGAGAAAUAAUUUUCCCUCGAUUACACGUACUUAGAAGUCCAACUAGGUCAAAUAAGAUGUGAAAAGCUCACAUUCUUGUCCUUGUGUCUUCGAAUCUUCGUCUGAUCUUUUGAGUGUUCUCAAUGAUGGUGUUGAGUUGGUGGCGUCACAUCGUCAACUCGCCCUCCAUAUUCCAGAAAGACACGAGCAGUGGGCUUCUCCCGUUAGUAUCAG